AGUACGAAACCAUAUAGUGAGAUAUGGAGUUAAGGGUAGUUUUAUUUUAUUUAUUGUAUUAGCACCUUGUAUAAGUAUAUUUUUGCGGAUGAAUCUUUUUUUUCAUAUAUAUAUAUAUAUAUAUUUGUAAAUGUUUGAAUUAAGUACCCCGCUUCGUGUGUAUGGGGUGGGGGAACAUUUAGAGAGCAACAGCAGGGGAUUUCCUUAUAAUGUCUUUUGCCUAUUCAUGUUAGUUAAAUAAUGUGGGAAGGCUUUCAAAGUGCAUGUCGCACCCUUGGCUAUGUCUUUAGCCUUUGAACAGAAAGGCACGGAUAUUUGGGCUUGCACGCGGAUGUCAGCCUUUACUAACAACAGAGGUUAAAGAGGCGCGUGCAGCUGCAGCUGUUUGUGUAUGGAGCUUUCGGAGCAGGGGAGCUUAAUGUUAUUGUAUUUGCUAGGUCAAGCGGAAAAGCUUGAACUGUUUGCAGUUAAAUACGGACUAUUUCUGGAGGAGUUCCUAACUGUAACGGGGACACUGGCGAAAAGUGAGCUAAUAUGAGGUUUGGGAAGAAGUGUGAAGAAAGUCUCAAUGUUUGCAUUCUCGCGCGCGUUUGUUGUUGUUGCAGCGACUGUACGACGAGCUUGGGCAGAAAUGCCUCCAAUGCCAAAGUCUCUGAGGUUCCGGCUGCUGAAAUGCCUCGUCCUGGCUGCUCUCAUUGCGCUUGCACUGUAUUUCUAUGAAAAACAUGGUGGCACUUUACCAGGUAAACCUUCUCGACUUCUACCAGCGGAGUUGUACAAGCAAAUCUCUCCGUCAUCUUAUACAUACCUCCUCAACCAGCCUGACCUGUGCCACAACAGGAAGCCUUUUCUGAUGCUCAUGAUCCCUGUAACGCUUCAGGACUCUGAAUCUCGGACAGCCAUCAGAAAAACGUGGGGUCAAGAGAACCUUCUCCAAAAUGUAGACAUUGCCAGGGUGUUCUUUGUCGGCGAGCCUAGAGAUCAUGAUCCAGAACUUCAGGAGGACCUGCAGAAAGAAAGUUUGGCAUACAGAGACAUCGUACAAAUGAGCUUCCGGGACACUUAUCAAAAUUUGACUAUCAAAACCAUGAUGAUGAUGAACUGGGUGUCCAUCUUCUGUCGUUCCACACAGUAUGUCAUGAAGAUCGAUUCAGACAUCUUCCUCAACGUGCCUUAUCUUGUAGAUUACCUCCAAAACAAGCCUAAGCAUAACUACAUCACAGGGUCAGUCAUCAGCGAUGGCCGGCCUCGCAGAAACCCAAAGAGCAAGUGGUACCUUUCGGCGGAAAUGUACCCGGAGAACUUGUUUCCACCUUACUUGUCUGGAGCCGGAUAUGUCUUUUCAGUUGACCUGGCCAAGAAGAUAUCGAUGGCCUCCAAGUUUGUGCGUCCAAUCUCGAUGGAGGACGUUUACAUAGGGAUGUGUCUGCAUUUCUUACACGUUCAGCCUGAGUUUGCAUGGACGUGGUUGCCUUACAGGAAUCUGUUCGAGAUCCGACAUUUGGACUACAACCGAUGCACCUUCUCAAAGCGCAUUAUAGUUACGGGUUUUUCUUCGAUGGAUCUCAUGAACAUGUGGGCUGAUUUCCAGGAUGGUGGGUUUUCAUGCUGAUGAUCCAGUACCUUAAGAGUUUGAUGAUACAACAAAAUAUAUAACCAAAGACAUUUGAAAAGAUCAAUUAUCAAACAGUGGCCUUUAUAGAAAAUAUAUUGUUUACUUCUUUGACCACAGCACUGUCAUGUCAUGGAGAACCGCCGUGCUCUUAACAAAAUAUCAGGAUAAAUUAUUAAUCACUUAUUAAAACAAUACUCAUAAUGAAUAUUAGAUGUGCCUUUUUAAAUCUGAAAAUUCUUGAAAAACUGCACUUCUUUUCUUCUUCUGCUUCUUCUUCUUCUCCUUCUUCUUCUUCUUCUUCUUGCCUAACAGAAGAGGGCGCUCUUUCCCUUUCUAAUGCUAUAAUGACGUAUGAGUCUAACUAAAGUGAAAUGCAAUCAUUAAGUUCCCUAAUGACUAUUCUUUAGUAGUAAUAAUAAUAAUAACAACAACAGCAAUAAUAAUAAUAUUUAAUUUUUCCUAUUAGACAUUGGUGCUAGGAAAAGAAAUCUAAAAUACAAUAAACAAACACUCAAUUUUCCAGGCCUUAUUUUUGCAUUCGAGAUGAUAUAUUUUCUAUAUUUGUAAUUCUAUAAAUGAUUAAGUCAAAAAAUUUUAAAAGCAAAUGAAUUUUUCUUAUAUCAAGUCGCAUUAGUUGCAUCAUUUCAAGUGCUUGUAAACAUUAUUUGUACUUUAUCACAAGGAUCCUUAGACUCAUCCCUUCACAUUACUGCUUUUAUUAUGUAUGUAUAUAUAUAUAUA